AUGGUGAUUCCACCGGAAAAAGAAAGAGACAAGUGGAGGCGUUGGGGCUGUUGCGGCUAUCCUUGCGUCGCUGCUGCUGGCCGGAAUUAUUGUUGUCCGUCCUUGCUGCUGGUCAUCCUGCAGAGGAAAGAGAAAGGAGAUGGAGAAGAAGAGGAAGGAGAGAUCGGAGAAGAGGAGAGAAAGAGGGAGAAGGAGGAGGCGGCUGCCAGCGGCUGCUGGCUCUGGCCUGCUGCUGCUGUCGUGUGCCUCUCCAGGCGCUGCUGCUGCUGCUCGGGCUACCGGUGGUGCUGGCCAUUGAGGCGUUGGUACCUGCAAAAGGAGAAGAGGAAAGGGAAGAGAAGAGACGGGAAGGGGAGAAAGAAGAAGAGGAAAGAAAGAGGGGGAAGGGGAACGACGGGAGAGGGAAGAAGAAGAGGAGAGGGAGAGAGAGGGGAGGAGGUUGGUUUUGCGGCUGCUGGUCGCAGCUGCCUGGCAGCUUGCCGGUCACUGUUGUGGGCUGGCGGGAGGCGCUGGAGAGAGUGGUGGAGGCGGAGGAGAAGAGAAGGGAGAAAGAAGGGAAGAAGAGGGAAAGGGAAAGAAGGGAGGAGAGACGGGCGGUGUUGGGCGGAGAAGGGAGAGAGGGAUGGUUGGAGAGGAAGAGGGGGAAGACAAGAAGGGAGAGAGGCGGCGGCUGGUGAGGAAGGAAGAGGAAGAAGAAUGGGUUAA